ACAAAAGGUCCUUGCGUGCUUGGUUUGCGCACCACAUUCUGACUUUCGACUCCCUACUCCCUAAUCCUUACUCUCUUCUAGCUAUAAAAUAACCUUUCUUUUUCCGUUCUUCAUGUUUUCUUUGCUUCCAAACAUACAUUCCACGCAAAAACCUAACCAUUUUCUUACCAACUUUCUCUAGAAAAUUUUCUCAUGCAAAAAUACAACUUUUCUUUUUCUCACUCUUCACUCACAUUUCGCAUCUCUUGUUCUCUUCAUCAUAUAUAUAGCUGUACAAAUUGCAUACUUUAGACUGUGUAUUUCUUCAGGAGAAAACAAAAACAAAAAAAAAAAGAAAGAAAAGGAAAGUUAGCGUUAUUAUAAAGAUCUAGAAUCUCGAUCUUUAGGUUUUUGAUAUACGCGUUCAUAAACUUGACAUAAGGAUUUUUCAAUCGAAAACUUUUUUUUUGGGAGAAGAUGAGAUCAGAAAAGGAGGAUCAGUGUCUAGUGCCACAGUCAGAACCGGAUGAACCAACUCGCUGUUUUCGCAAUUAAUAAGCACAUUGUUUGGUUGCUGAGAAAAGUGCAAGGAAAAAAAAGGAGGGCGUGGGGACAAGAAAUGAGAAAACCAAAGUUUUCAUAUAAAAGAGAUUUUCUCUUUUCCUUGGCUGAAUUGGAUACAUGCAAAAAGUUGCCUACAGGAUUUGACAGUUCAAUAUUAAGAGAACUUGAUGAUCAAUCAGAGACCGUGCGGUACUCUUAUCAUGAUUCAGAUGCUUGCAGACUUCAAAGCAGCUUAUCUCAUUGUGAAUGGCGAAAUCCUGAGCAAGGACUUCUGGCAAGUGGUGCCUUUGCAAGAGUUCAUAGAGGCGUAGCAGAGACUUCUGUUCCUGUAGUUCAAGGUGGUAGCUUCCAGCUACUCAACCGGAGUAGUGAACCUUAUCGUCCUCCACAUCUAUGCAAGGCAAAAUAUUAUUCCGGGAGAGAAAGUAAGGACCUUUAUAAUGAUGAAACAUUUGGUUCUCCUGAUAAUAUGAGUCAAGAUAGAGCAGAGAAGGAAAAAUUUAGAAGAGAUUCAUUUGAAUUGAUGAGGAAGGAACAAGAAAUGGCUACUCAAGAAAAGAAAAAGAAAAUCUGUGAUGAGCAAAAAGAAAAUUUGAACCCAGAAAUUGCUAUAGUCCUGGAGGAUUCUGGAGUUGAUAAGAAGGUUGCAAACAAGUACAGUGAAUCCAAGGCAUCUGAGACUUGUGAUGUCAAAGAAGGUCACCCUGAGAAUCCUUCAUUGUUUUCCUCCUACUUAACUCAUCAGCUUCUCGAAGGAGAGAAGAAGACUGCUGGUGAUCAAAAUGUCAUUGAGUACGACUCUAUAAAAUUUUCUUUUGAAACAAAUGGAUUUGGUCACAAACUUAUAAAAUCUGCCCUCACUCCUGUUACAAAGGAAGUCUCUGUGGAAUUGCAUGGUCGUUGUAAUCCAGGAGUUCUUUCCUUUGAAUGUUUAGAAGAAUCCAUUCUGUCAGAGAUCAAAGGACAUGAUUCAACUCAGCAUCACUCGAUCAAUGGAAGAAACAGUUAUGAUGUAGUGGAAUCACAACCAAGUUAUUCCUAUUAUGAUGUAGCACAUCAGCACUUUCUUUCAUUGUUACUCAAGGGAGCGGGCUUGACAGAUUUGGCAGAAUCCUCAAUGCUAAACACGUGGUCCUUGGAUAAGCCCUAUGUUUCUGAAACUGAAAUUGACAACAACCAGCUAAAGAAAACAGGCACCCGAAAAGACUUAACAAGCAGGUCCAAACAAGAUUAUACAAUGGAGUCUCAUAUCUUGCUUCCGGUUGGGGAUAAUAGCUCCAUUCCCUUGACGGUUAAUGAGUCUGGAUCCAUUGGAGAUGUUGAUGGCAUUGCGUUCUCGAGCUUUGUUAAGCAAACUGGUGUAAGUAAAAGAAAUAUUAAUCUUUUAGUCUCCGAUAUUCAGGCUAAAGCUGGACUUGAUCUAAAGGGGAGGCCAGAAUCGUUGCAAAGUUCUCUGACUAGUUUUGAUGAACUUGACAUUUGUCUGCCUGAUGAGGAUAGCCUGAUAACAGUAGAUGACUACAUAUUUCCACAAGACUCCAUGUUUGUGGCUGCUGGGGGUACCUUAAGCGCACCUAUAAAUACAUUUAAGAGGCUAUUUGACUGUCGUGUAGCUGUCAGUAACAAAAGAUCUGAUCUAGCUGGUUUUGGAAGCUCUACUUCCUUUCGUGGCUCUCAUAAUCUAUUGAGUUUGGAGACUUGUUAUAAUUGUCUGCACAAGCAGCAGUCUUACCCACAGCUCUACCAUUCUCAGAUGAAGCCAGCGAAGGCACGAAUGAGCCAUUCCAAGUGUCAAGAGAGUCAAAGGGGUUCAAGAAUCAAGCCUAGAGAUUUAAAAAGCUACCCCUAUAAUCUACAAUCUUUACAAUACUUCCCUAAAAAUGUGCAUCUCACUCCUCGGCACCUCCGAGCAGCUGCAACAGGAUUUAAUCAUUCUGGUACUCAGUUGCUACAGGAGUUACCUGUUCCAGGCUAUUUCCCUCACCACCAAUUGUAUGAACAGCCAAGAGUAGCAUUUCCGCAACAUACUUCGGAUGAAAUGGCUUGUUACGGACAGGACCAGAAUGCAAUGCUUAAAUCCCUGGAUUUUAACCAACAAAGCUACAACUACCCUGAAAAUGACAGUUCCAGGAAUUUUGAGAUGGGAAUUGAGAGAAAAGCUGAUGCAUCAUCUCCCACCACAGCUGGCCAUGUGCAGGAAGUCUUUGGCAGAAAGGUUUAACCAGGAUUUUGAGACAAUUUGGCAGGUGAUCUGCUAGAAAGUUUUAACUUUUGUUUAACCUCAACCAGUAAUUGGCUAGGUAGAUUCAUCUUUUCUUCUAGCUUCUCAACUCGUAGUAGCUUUCAUAAAUAUUGACUAAUUAACGUCUCUAGGUGGGUUUGGAUGCGGACGGAUAUAGUAUAACAUUUGAUAUUUGGCAAAUAUGAAUGGGAAGUCAUAGGAUUAAAAAGCUUAAAGAAUGACUGAUAUUCGUUUGGCAGAUUUUCAAUCGUUGAUAAUUAAUUGCUAGGUGAUUUAUCAUAUUUUGAUAUAGGGUGUGGGAGAGAACUCCCAGUGCCUGGAGAAAACACACCUGAAUUCAUGUGCCUGAACAUAGCAAGUAUCUUUUACUGUUUUAACCUAAAGUCUGUAAAAGUUUGGAUGUUGAUUGCAAUCGUAAGUUCAGCAAAAGUAUGAUUGCUUCCUAAAGUUGUCGAGUGAAAGAAAGAUGACCAUCAAUCUGGGACUCGAUACCCAUUGAAUCAAAUCUAAUUUCAUCUUCCUGCAACCAUUUGUCUUUAAGAUAGACGUUGAUAUUAUGAUUUCCUUCUUGAAAAUGGACAUUUGAAAAUGUACUAAUUGUCUCAUAACGAAAGAAAAGCGUAGAUAACGAGAAAGUAAGGUUGUUUCGCUUCAUUAUUGUUUGGUACAAGAGAUGAAAUAUAGCAAAAGAACAAAAGAAAUUAAAAAAUUAGAAGAGUUGAGAAAUUAGGGUAAAAUCCUCAAGGGAGAAAUAGGAGUACAUUACAUAAACAAUCAUGAGGUUUAAGUAAAU